GCGUCGCUUCCCCGCGGCCCCGCGGGGUCGUGCGCCGCCGUCUUCGGGUUGGACUGGCGGGGGGUGGGGUAGACCAGAGCUUGCAUCUACCCAGAUCCGAGCAAAAAUAGCAGGGAGGGUGAGGCGCUCUGCUAACACUAUCAAUUAUGCAUCGUGUUGAACGUGGCUUCGGGGAGGAGGCUGCUAGUGGGGAGGGGGGUGCGGCGAGGAAGGGUCCGUGCGAGGCCGGCCGCGCGCUGCUCAGCAGGUCCUACUUCAGGUCUGUCUGUGCCACAGCCCGCAUUUGCAAAGAGUUUAAAGGCAAAGACACGCCCCCCUUCAGUUGUGCGCCUUGCCUUCCCCCAAAUUCCUCAAAGAUGGUUUGUCUCACGUGUUGCUGGGCGUAAAAGCGACUCGCAUUCAAUUAGCGAAGCUCCCCGGCCCUGGCGGGACCCGCGCGUGAGGCCAGCAACAGAUGUGGAAAGCGCCUUUGGGCAGUGUCCUGGCUCCGAGACCUCAAGUCUGGAGAAGGGGUUGCAGCCCGAGGGCAGUGCGCGGAGAGUCAGCGAGCAGCAGCGGGUUCCGCGAUGGUGCCCUUGCGGGCUCUGUGGCUAGCAUGGGCUCUGCUAGGAGUGGCCAGAGCGUGCCCGGAGCCGUGCGCCUGCGUGGACAAGUACGCGCAUCAGUUCGCCGACUGCGCGUACAAGGAGUUGCGCGAGGUGCCGGAAGGACUGCCGGCCAACGUGACCACGCUUAGUCUGUCGGCCAACAAGAUCACGGUGCUGCGGCGUGGGGCCUUCGCCGACGUCACGCAGGUCACGUCGCUGUGGCUGGCGCACAAUGAGGUGCGCACGGUGGAGCCGGGCGCCCUGGCGGUGCUGAGCCAGCUCAAGAACCUCGACCUAAGCCACAACCUCAUAUCCAGCUUUCCGUGGAGCGACCUUCGUAACCUGAGCGCGCUGCAGCUGCUCAAAAUGAACCACAAUCGUUUGGGCUCACUGCCCCGGGACGCACUCGGCGCGCUGCCCGACCUGCGCUCCCUGCGCAUCAACAACAACCGCCUGCGUACCCUGGCUCCCGGCACCUUCGACGCGUUAAGCGCGCUGUCGCACCUGCAACUCUAUCAUAACCCUUUCCACUGCAGUUGCAGCCUCCUGUGGCUGCAGGCCUGGGCCGCAAGCACCAGGGUCUCCUUACCGGAGCCCGACUCCAUCGCGUGCGCCUCGCCUCCCGCGCUGCAGGGGGUGCCGGUGCACCGCCUGCCCGCCCUGUCCUGCGUUCCGCCCAGCGUGCGUCUGAGUGCUGAGCCGCCGCCUGAGGCGCCGGGCAGCCCCUUGCCCGCCGGCCUGGCGCUCAUGCUACACUGCGUCGCCGAAGGACACCCCACACCCCGCCUGCAAUGGCAACUUCAGAUCCCGGGUGGCACCAUAGUCUUAGAGCCUCCCGUCCUGAGCGGGGAGGACACCGGGGAUGGGGCGGAAGACCGGGAGGAAGGAGAUGGGGACGGGCCGACACAGACGGAGGCCCCAACCCCGACUCCAGCACCCGCUUGGCCCGCGCCCCCAGCCAACCCGCGCUUCCUGGCCCUCACAAACGGUUCCCUGUUGGUGCCCCUCCUGAGUGCCAAGGAAGCAGGCGUCUACACCUGCCGUGCCCACAAUGAGCUGGGCGCCAACUCCACGUCACUACGCGUGACAGUGGCGGCGGCUGGGCCCCCAAAGCACGCUCCUGGCUCUGGGGAAGACUCCGAAGGGCAGGCCCCUACUUCUGAGCGCAAGUCCACGGCCAAAGGCCGAGGCAACAGCGUUCUACCCUCCAAGCCCGAGGGCAAAAUCAAAGGUCAAGGCGUGGCCCGAGUUAGCGUCCUCGGGGAGACGGAGGCGGGGCCCGAGGAGGAGGACGCGGCUGAGGGAGAGGAAGCAGAAGACCAGGUCUCUGCGGAUCCGGUGGAGGAGCAACGCUGUGGCCACGGGGACCCCUCGCGGUACGUGUCCAACCACGCAUUCAACCAGAGCGCAGAGCUCAAGCAGCACGUCUUUGAGCUGGGCGUCAUCGCGCUGGACGUGGCGGAGCGGGAGGCUCGGGUGCAGCUGACGCCGCUGGCGGCGCGCUGGGGAUCUGGGCCCGGCGGGGCGGGGGGAGCCGGGCGGCCCGGGCGGCGGCCGCUGCGCCUGCUCUAUCUGUGCCCAGCGGGGGGUGGCGCAGCAGUGCAGUGGUCGCGCGUGGAGGAGGGCGUCAACGCCUAUUGGUUCCGCGGCCUGCGGCCCGGCACUAACUACUCAGUGUGCCUGGCGCUGGCAGGCGAGGCCUGCCACGUACAAGUGGUGUUUGCCACCAAGAAGGAAUUGCCCUCGCUGCUGGUCAUCGUGGCGGUGAGCGUGUUCCUCCUGGUGCUGGCCACCGUGCCCCUGCUGGGCGCCGCCUGCUGCCAUCUUUUGGCCAAACACCCGGGUAAGCCCUAUCGUCUUAUACUGCGGCCACAGGCCUCUGACCCCAUGGAGAAACGCAUCGCCGCCGACUUCGACCCGCGUGCCUCCUACCUCGAGUCCGAGAAAAGCUACCCCGCAGGCGGCGGGGCAGACGUCGUGGAGCCAGAGGAGGCACCCGGGGAGGGCCUCGACGAAGACGCGGAGCAGGGGGACCCAGGUGGGGACCUGCAGCGGGAGGAGAGUCUGGCGGCCUGCUCGCUGGUGGAGUCCCAGUCCAAGGCCAACCAAGAGGAGUUCGAAGCGGGCUCUGAGUACAGUGAUCGGCUGCCCCUGGGCGCCGAGGCGGUCAACAUCGCCCAGGAAAUUAAUGGCAAUUACAGGCAGACGGCAGGCUGAACCCCCAGCCCGACUGGCCCGCCCAUUCCCAUCCCCCACCGUGGGUGCCUGGGAGCAGAAGCCUAGGGCUGGCAGGACGAACGCCCACCACCCCACCCUCAACCUUCACUAACUCCGCCCUUUUACCGGCCCCAACCUUCACUACUGGGGACUUCUAGAGGGGUGUGGGACGAGACUGCACCAGUCCCCGGCCACCACUAUCGUCAUUGUCUUUGUGGGCUCAAUUCCCUUCCACGGCAAGCACAGUUACUGGCUCUUCUCUCUCCCCAUAAUACACCACCCGCUGACCAUGAAGCGAAAUCCACGCCUCUCCAUUCCCACCGUAAUUGUUAUCUGCGAAAUCUGCUCUGCAGCCUGCCCCACCGUGGGUUUUGGAACCAGAGGAAACGGAGAAGACGUUGGAAAUAUCUGGUGGUAACGCUGUGGCCCGGGGUCAGCCCGGGACCCGCAGCUGAUGUCCCCUCCGUGGAGCGCUGUAGGGUCCCGCCUACUCCAUCCUUUCUGGGGUGCACGUCCCAGAAGCCAGGACUCGGUGGCAACUUCCUAGUUUUAGUUUAAAAGCCCCCUUCCGACUGGGAAACAAACCCUUCAGUCCCCCCCACCCCCAAUCCGCUUAUGAUCCGCUGGAGCCGAGGCCGGUGCCUGGGGCGCCUUUCAGCUCCGCGCUCCGAUUUUCAUAUUUUCGUUUUUGUUUUUGUUUUUGUUUUUCCCCAAAGACAGCGACACUCCGGUCUGGUGCUAACACCCCCUUCCCAGCCUCUGGGAAAAUUGGAUGUGAGUGAGGGGGUGGGGCGGGGAAUCCGCCUUCUCUCUCCCUCUCUCCUAACUUAAAGCGCCGCGGAACCGCGCUCCCUUUUCAGGCGGAGAGCGUGGGGUUGGUUCUGGCUGAAUUUCGUUGUGGGGGAGUUGGGGUUUCGAGUUCGAAGCACUCCACAGCUCCGCUUCCGCUGCGGCACAUGACCCAGACCUCCGUUCAAGGGGCGCGGGGGGCAAAGGAAGCCAACUGCUGUCUCUCCGGACCGGGUCUGGUUCGCACAGAAGCCUGCGCGUGACGGUGCGGCGGGAUCCGGAGAGAGAAAAGUCCCUCUGUCUUCGCGUCUCCUCGCCCCGCCCCGCCCCGCCCCGCCUCCUUCCAAGAGAACAGUAUUUGCCCGGCGUGUAGUCCUAGACUAGCGUGCUCUGUAGGAGAAGUCUGUGUCCUGUAAAGUGUGACCGUGUAGUGUAGGGGGGGCGGGCAGGCAGGCAGGUGGG